AUGGUUGCAGAGGCAUUAGCUGUUCGAAUGGGGGUCCAACUGGGACAAAAUCUGGGUCUGAGGAAUGUGCUUAUAGAAGGUGACUCACAGCCGGUUAUCAAUAUGAUUAACGGUCUAGUAGUGGUGAACCAACAAGUGAAGAUUAUUAUUGACGAUAUCAAGGUGUUGAGUAGUUGUUUUGCGUCUUGUAUUUUCUCUUAUAGCCAUCGGUCCUCUAACUCAGUUGCGCAUUUGUUGGCUAGUAAGGGUUUAAUUGGGUUGGGGUAUAGUCAUUGGACUGAGUCCCCACCCGUUUGGCUUCUUGAUCCCUUGUCAAGGGAUGAAGUGUCCUCUUGA